UCAUUGCACCAAAUGAAACCUCCAUUACUCUUUCUCUUGAUCCAUUCUUUCUUCAAUCUCAAUGCUUUCCCAAAAAUGGAGGCAGCAAAUGCAGUUGAGUAGAAGGUUUGAGAGAGGAUGAUGACCACAUCCUCUCUCUAGAUCUCUAACUCCCUUUGUUUCUCUCUCUGGACUUUGGGCAACUACACAACCUUUGGCAAAUGCUUGCACUGCAAGAUGGUGAGAGUCAGUGUCUUGAAUGAUGCCUUGAAGAGCAUGUAUAAUGCUGAGAAGAGGGGGAAAAGGCAGGUCAUGAUCAGGCCUUCGUCGAAAGUGAUUGUCAAGUUUCUUCUGGUUAUGCAAAAGCACGGGUACAUUGGGGAAUUUGAGUUUGUCGAUGACCACAGAUCUGGCAAAAUCGUGGUUGAACUGAACGGAAGACUUAACAAAUGCGGUGUUAUUAGUCCUCGUUUUGAUGUUGGCGUCAAGGAAAUUGAGCCAUGGACUGCAAGACUUCUUCCCUCAAGACAGUUUGGUUAUAUCGUGCUGACAACAUCGGCUGGAAUCAUGGAUCACGAAGAGGCUCGUAGGAAAAAUGUUGGAGGAAAGGUUCUUGGGUUCUUUUACUAGAGAUGUUGCUAUUUGGUUCUUUUCCUGUUUAAUGGAAAAGAAUUUUCUGUUGGAGUUUUCUUUAAGUUAUUGUUGAUGUAAUGACAUUGAAGGUUAUAUUUGUUAGGAAUGCUAGAGAUACAUAUUUUGUGAUGGACAAAUUCCUUUGUUUUGGUAGAAAAAAACAGCAAUUUAUCU